CCGGGAUGCGGAAGCUCUUUCCAGGAAGUGGGGGCUGCUUCCGGCGUUGGCCGGGCUGGGGCGCGGAGGCAGUGCCGGCCGCACCGAGUGCUGAGGCCGGGGUCGCAUCCCGCUAUGCGAGAGAUUCCGAGACCCGCAGUUCCUCCCACUACCCAGCGUUGGAAAUUGAUGUAAGACUUGAAGAAAGAGGGAAACUGUGGUCAAAAAAAGCUCUGAAACUUUGGAAAUGGAACAAUGAGUUUUUUGGGGAGUGGGGGAGAGUUGUCAAGAAUAUGAGUUGGAAAACAGAUCAAUGUGGUGUGCAGCCCCAUCUGUUAAAACUUUGACGCUUACGAGAAACAGAACGUGACAGAGGAAAACCGCUUGCUACUCCAUGGCUCAUCUGGAAUUCCAGUCACAACACUAAAUUUGUAAUGAAAUGGAGUCUGGGUCAAGCUCUUUUCGAGUGGAAUUUCCAGAUUUUUCUAGCACCAUUUUGCAGAAGUUAAACCAGCAGCGCCAGCAAGGACAAUUAUGUGAUGUGUCCAUUGUAGUUCAGGGCCAUCUCUUCAGAGCCCAUAAAGCUGUUCUUGCAGCUAGUUCACCUUACUUCUGUGAUCAGGUUCUCCUAAAAAACAGCAGGCGAAUAGUUUUGCCUGAUGUGAUGAAUCCCAGAGUAUUUGAAAACAUUCUUCUGUCUACCUAUACAGGUCGGCUGGUAAUGCCUGCUCCAGAAAUUGUUAGUUAUUUGACAGCAGCAAGUUUCCUUCAGAUGUGGCACGUAGUGGAUAAAUGCACUGAGGUGCUAGAGGGGAACCCAACAGUUCUGUGUCAGAAGAUGAACCAUGGCAGUGAUCAUCAGUCUCCGAGCAGUAGUAGUUACAAUGGCCUUGUUGAAACCUUUGAACUUGGCUCUGGAGGGCAGACGGAAUUCCACAAAGUGCAGGAACUAAGGGAUGGUGAAAAUGAAGAAGAGAGCUCUAAAGAUGAACUGUCAUGUCAACUGACAGAACAUGAGUACCUUCCCAGUAAUUCUUCAACAGAACAUGAUAGACUUAGCACUGGAAUGACAAGUCAGGAUGGUGAAGAAGGAACUAGUGAUAGCGCAGAGUAUCAGUAUACCAGACCUAUGUAUAGCAAACCCAGCAUCAUGUCUCACAAGCGGUGGAUCCAUGUGAAACCAGAAAGAUUUGAACAAGACUGUGAAGGUGUUGAUAAUCCUUAUGAUGAACACCAAGUUUCUGAAUCCAUGAAUGCCAUUCAGGCAGAUCAUUCAAUCCAGUCUUCAGGUGUUGAAGACUUUCAUAUAGGUGACAAAAAGAUGGAAGCAGAAUUUGAUGAACAGGCAGAUGAAAGUAAUUAUGAUGAACAAGUUGACUUCUAUGGCUCUUCUAUGGAAGAAUUUUCUGGUGAGAGGGCAGAUGGAAAUUUAAGUGCUCACAGACAGGAUCUUAUGAUAGCAGCAGGCUAUGGUGAAGGCAUUGAAAUGGCUACAGGAAUUAAAGAAGAAACUUCCCUCACUGGAUUCUCACAUGCUGAUAAACUGUAUCCUUGCCAGUGUGGUAAAAGCUUUACACACAAAAGUCAGAGAGAUCGGCAUAUGAGCAUGCACCUUGGUCUUCGACCUUAUGGCUGUGGUGUCUGUGGUAAGAAAUUCAAAAUGAAACACCAUCUUGUAGGCCACAUGAAAAUUCAUACAGGCAUAAAACCAUAUGAGUGUAACAUCUGUGGGAAAAGAUUUAUGUGGCGGGACAGUUUUCAUCGGCAUGUGACCUCUUGUACCAAGUCAUACCAAGCUUCUAAAGCUGAGCAGAGUACUACUGAGAUGAACUAAGAGAUUAGUGCUUACAUUUGUUUAGUAGAGUAAGCAAAAUAAACUAAUUAUGCAAAUAACGUCUGGUACUUGCUAUUGUAAAUUCUCAAAAAAACAAGUUUUAAUGAUUAUGCUGGUAUAAGCAGACCAAAAUUUAUUUUCCAUAAUAUUACUCCAGGUGUUUGUGUGAAGUACAAAUGGUUAAUCUGAAAGAUGCUUGCAAAAUGAGGUCUGUAAGGUCUUUGUGACAUUGAUUGUAAUCACAGCAGUAUUUAGAAGCCCUGUUGGUUUUGAGUCUUCUAAAUUCACAGUAAAACCCAGCUCUAAAUUGACCCAAAUCCUUACAUAAAGCAGAAAUUCAAGUAGCCCUACUUAAUGAAAUAGAGAACUAGGAUGAUGAAACCAGGUUAUACGAUUCACAUUUUAAUGAAAAAAAAAAUUAGAAUUCCACUUCAAACUGGAGACUGCCAACAUACUUAGCAUGCAUCAUUAGAUAGUUUACAUCAUUAAGUAGGCUUUACUGUAUUGCUUAAUGAAAGGCUGUGUUAAAGAUGGUUUGGCUUUCCUUUAUCUGUCUUCCAUCUUCUAUCCAUCUUCAGUAAACAAAUGUUGUCUAAUUUUGUGCUGAUUUAUAUUUAGAGUCUGUGAAGCACUUAUAGUUGAGCACUAUAUAAACUUCAAUCUGUAUUAAGUAUAAUUUGUCUUUGCUCCUCUAGAGUCUAAUGCUGUAUGACUCUUGGCUUGAUUUGAUUUUGAUUGGUACAUCGUGAGAGCUUCUAGAAAUGUGUGUAAUAAGUAUGUCUUGUCAAAAAAAAAAGUAACAUUGGAACUUUUCCAAAAUAAUCAAACAUUUAAACUGUAGUUUUCUGUUCAGAUUUUUGUGGCUUAUUACAGUAGCAAGUACCAAACUCUGUGGAUUCACAAAUUGACUUUUUAUUGGUACAAAAACUUCUUUGAGAACUUUUAUCUAGUUUUAGAAACCUGCUUUAGGAAAAUUAUUUAGUCAUUGAUAGAUAUUUAUACUUUUAAUUCUUUGAAUAGUAAGAACUGUAAUACAGAUUCUUGGUACUGAACUACUGUGACUGGUUACAUGUGAUCACAAGCAGCCGGAGUUGUUUACCUCUUCAAAUGAAGUUGCUUGUGGAAAAAAGUAGAAAGUGUGGUAUUUCGAUCUAUUAAUGGUACUGCAGAACAUGGUACCAUGCUCGUGUCCGAAGUCUGGAUUUUUGCUGGGAAAGCGGCACUUCUGCUUUGUUAGGAUGAGUAUCUAUAUGCUGGGCUCUCAUUCUUGGAGAUAGAUGGAGGAGGGUUUGUAGUUCUGAGAGAUGCUGCCAGCUCUGCAGGUAGAGUGAAUGCAUCAAUUGUAAAGGUGGCAACAGGAUUUUGGGGUUGAAAGCUUAAUGCAGUCCUAUGCAAAAGCAAUUAACCCUUCUUUGUAGUUUACUGAAACAUAUUAUAAAAA